CAAGUAAUCACCCUGAUUUACACCGAAAGCUCUAAAAGCUUCUCAGCUAGCUGCACUGAUUCUACUCAUGGGGUUCCAAGAUCACCUCGAGAAGAAGCCGCAGCCGCUGCGCCACCAUGGCGCCGCUUUAGCCGAAGACAAGACAGCAGCAGGCAGCGGGAGGAAGAAGAAGAAGAAAGCGGCAGCGGUCUGGAUCGCGCUGCCGCCGCUCAGGCCCAUCAAGGUCGGCCGCCGACGGCGCGGGAACGGCGGCGCCGGCGCCAGGGAAGAAGAAGAGGAGGACGAGGAGGUGACGACGCCGACGGGGGAGUGCUGCAGGAUCCCGGCGGAGGCGGCGGCGUGCCCGCCGGCGCCGAGGAAGAAGCAGAAGACGGCCGUGGCCAUCGUCGGCGGCGGCGACCGCCGGUGCAGCAGCAGCAGCCGCGACGUCUACGGCGAGCCGGCGACGGAGGAGUACUUCCGCGUCCCGGCGGACCUGGAGGCCGUGUUCGCCGCCGUCGGCCGAGUCGCCCAGGCCAACUGAUUGAUCCGUGCUUGCCUGCGUGUGUUUAAUUAGUAGUGCUCGAGUAGUACUGUGGAAGUGAUCAAAUGGAUUUGCCGCUCCGAUGCAGCUGUAAAAAAAUUGGCGUUAUUAUGGAUCGAUCCAUGGAUUAGUCCGCUGCUGUAAUUAAUCAAGAAUCGAGGAAUCCAAUUGUGCUCUGGUCUCUGUUUAUCAUU